GAGAGAGAGAGAGAGCAGUGGAUUGAAUGGCUCGGUUCACUCAGCAGCACUGCGCCCUUCACUUUAUCGAUAUUAUCGAUCAGUUUGGAUACAUUUAGCCCCACAGCGGGUCCCUUACUGAGGCUAGCCCGGGAGCUAGCCUGGAACACUGGAGGCUAACACCGAUGGGACGCGUGUGAAGCAGCCCGGGAGCUAACAGCAGCCUGGCGGAAAGAAAGAAACAAGGAAGCGGACAGCUAGCUGCGAGGCUACACCGAAGCUAACGUUGGCUAACUGCUGGCUAAUAUUAUUUCUAAUGAGAGACCGAGGAGUAUGCGACCUGAGACCAAGAGCUGACUUGUUGGGUGAUGUCGGGCAGUAAGGCGCUGGGCGGGGGGGCAGGCGGGGGGGCGAGGCGCAGGCGGACACGGUGCCGGCGCUGCCAGGCCUGCAUGAGGACCGAGUGUGGAGAGUGUCACUUCUGUAAGGACAUGAAGAAGUUCGGAGGGCCCGGCCGGAUGAAGCAGUCCUGCCUCCAGAGACAGUGCACGGCGCCGGUCUUGCCUCACACGGCGGUGUGUUUUGCAUGUGGCGAGGCAGGGAAGGAGGACACAGUGGACUCCGAGGAGGAGAAGUUCAACCUCUCUCUGAUGGAGUGCACCAUCUGUAACGAGAUCAUCCACCCGAGCUGUCUGAAGAUGGGUAAAGCCGAAGGAAUCAUCAACGAUGAGAUCCCAAACUGCUGGGAGUGUCCAAAGUGCCACAAGGAGGGCAAAACCAGUAAGGACCAGCCGGAUGGCUCGGGGAAGCGGCGGCUGGAUAACGGCGAGGUGGGCCGCUGGAAGCUCACAGAUGACCCUCCCCCUAAAAAGAAAGCCCCUCCCUCCCUGGAGGAGGGGGGGAGGACAGAGGGGGGUCACAAGAGGAAGAAGGAGAAGGAGCUGCCUCAGGACAGCGGGCCCAAGAAGAAGAUGAAAGGAGCCCACGAGAAACGCCUCAAAAAGAAACCCAAACAGGAGGCGGUGGAGUCCAACGGUCCCACUUCCUCAGCUGGUGGAGGAGCAGGAGGACUACAGGGCUCCUCCACUUCUUCUUCUUCUUCUUCUCAACCUGGCGGAGGAGGAGGUGGGGGAGGAGGGGGAGGUGCAGGGGGGACGUCGAGUGCGGACCAGCGCUCGCAUCACAGAGAGAAACUGGAGCGCUUUAAGAGGAUGUGUCUGCUGGAGCGCCGGCCUGAGUCCUCCUCCUCCUCCUCCUCCAGCUCCGAGUCUGACUCUGAGUCCGACUCUGACGACUCCCUGAGGGGGGAGCAGGCGGGAGGAGGCUCCUCACCUUCAUCCUCCUCACCUGCCCCGCCUCCUCCUGUCGUCUAUGGCAACAGCAGCGGCGGGCGGGCUGAGCGUGAGAGGAGUCGCAGCGAGCGUGAGAGGGAGAGGGAGAGGGAGCGGCGCCUGGCCGAGCUGGGCUUCAGCGCCAGCGAGGAGUCGGAAGGGGAGGGGGGAAGGGGGGAGGAGGAGGUGCGAGAGGAAGAGCAGGGAGUGGGGGAGAAGGCACGACGGAGAGGAGGAGAGGCGGGGUUACCUCCACGAGGAAGGAAAGGAGGACUGCUGGACGGAGAGGAGGAGGACACGCCAACCUCUGACAGGACCAGGAAAAACUCCGCCUCCCUCCCUCCGCCCUCACCCCUCUCCUCCAAUCAGAUGCCUCCAUCCUCGCAGCAUGACGGCUUCACGGGGAAGCAGCGCAGCAACGGGCAGGAGGCACGCAACGGGCGGACACGAGGAGGGACGGGAGGGGGAGCAGGGGGGAGGGAGGGAGGGGAGAAGGAGAAUGCCAGUGGCGUUCUGACUAAUCACAGACACAGCGGCGGAGGAGGGGGCGGGACCAAAGGCAGCGGGAGCCGCGGCAACAAGAUCCGUAGCAACAGUAAGAGCCAGACGUCCAGGAGCAACAUGUCCUCCUCCUCCUCCUCCAUCCCCACCUCUAACGGCGGGGGAGGGGGGGGAGGUGGCCUGAUGAUGUCAGCCAUGGCGGCGUCUCCCUGCUCACAGCCGUCCCGUCUGGCCCCACGCUCUCAGAUGAUGAAGCGCAGCCCUCCAGCUGUGCCCUCGCCCCCCCGGCCCGUUCAGAUGGAGAGACACCUGGUGCGUCCCCCGCCCACCUGCCCCGAGCCCAGCUGCCUGCCGCUGGACUCUGGCUCCUCCCACAUCAUGACACGUGACGUGUGGCUCCGAGUCUUCACUCACCUGAGCCAGAGAGAGCUGUGUGUCUGCAUGAGGGUGUGUCGCACCUGGAGCCGCUGGUGUUGUGAUAAAAGGUUGUGGACUCAGAUCGAUCUGAGCCGGCAGCGCUCCAUCACCCCCCCCAUGCUGAGUGGUAUCAUCCGCCGACAGCCCGUCUCUCUCAACCUGGGUUAUACCAACAUCUCCAAGAAACAGUUAAUGUGGCUCAUCAACCGCUUACAAGGUCUGUUGGAGUUGAAUGUGUCCGGGUGUCCGUGGCAGGCGGUGUCUGCUCUGUGUCAGGCCGUCUGUCCCUGUCUGAAGCUGCUGGACCUCAGCAGAGUGGAGGAUCUCAAAGACUCUCACCUGAGAGAGCUGCUGGCCCCCCCACCUGACACCAGGACAGCUCAUGGUGAAAGCAGAGUGGGGCGUUUCCAGAACGUGACGGAGCUGCGAUUGGCCGGUUUGGACCUGACGGAUGCGUCGUCUCGUCUGUUGGUGCGUUAUGUCCCUCACCUGAGCAGGUUAGACCUGAGCCACUGUGGGAACAUCACAGACCAGACGGUGCACACCCUCACCUCCCCCAUCUCCCCCCUGAGAGAGAGCCUCACCCACAUCAACCUGGCAGGUUGUGCGAAGGUGACGGAGCAGUGCGUCCCGUUGCUGCGUCGCUGCCCCUCCCUGCAGACGGUGGACCUGCGCUCCUGCUCACUCCUCUCCUCUGAGACCGGACAGCUGCUCUCCUUCCCCUCCCACACCUCCUCCUCUUCCUCCUCCACCUCUUCAUCCUCCUCUUCCUCCGCCACCACCACGGUCGCUGCUUCAUCCUCUUCCUCCUCCACGUCCGCCUCCUCCUCGUCCUCCUGUCCUCCUGAAGACAGAACGCUGCUAAAGAACAGCUAAAGUCCUCCUGCAGGUCAUGUGACACUUGAGUCAUUGGUCCAGACGGCCUGUAAGCCCCGCCUCCAACCUCAUUACACUACAGAUGGGUGAGGGAGAUGAGGAGGAGGAGGAGGAGGCAUCUGUGCAACAUUUCUCCUGAUGUAACAAGUCCAGCGACCAGAAGAAGAGGAGGAGGAAGAGGAAGCUGUUUUAGGAAAGUUGUGGGUAAUAGGUAAAAAAUAGAAACCCUGAGCAUGUACAUAUUUGUUCUCUGUACAAUUUUGGGUGUGUGUAUAUAUCUGUAGUUUACUGUAAAUGACCCUUAACCUUUGAGACAUCACCCCAACACUCCUUUCCUUCUCUCCUUCCCUGCUAUCCUUCCUUCCUUCCGUCCUUCCACCCUUUGACCAGUCAUCACCGGGCAUCACCUGCUCGUCAGCAGCUGCAGAAAAUGGGACAGAAAAUCAAGACUUCAUGUUGGUCACAUUUAGUUUGUGUGAUUUGACAGGUGACAUCAUCGACCCCCCCCCCCCCCACACACACACACACACACACACACACACAUCCACCCAAAAAAAAACCCUAACAACAGGAAGUCAGAAACUUGGUUUGUUUCUGGGAAGUUUAAAAUAAGGUCAGCGUGACGUUUGCAUCACUGAGCAUCGGUCAGACACCGAGGCUAACAGUUUCCCUUUGCUUCCAGUCUUUGUGCUAAGCUAGGCUAAACACGUGUGUCUGCUCUGACUCUGGGUGAGCGGACGCCUCGUCUCUCUGCGAGGUUUGGAACGGUUAAACGACCGUUUUCAUUAUCGAUGAAUCUGCAGAUUAUUUCCUCCGUUGUUUGGUCUGUAAAAGAAACGUUUUGUAGAGUCCAACGUGACGCCUUCGUUUGGUCCUACAGUCCAAAGGUCAAAGUUCAGUGAGAUGAAACAGAAACCGUCACAUCAGUGAAGCUGAAACACUCUUUAAGAAAUGACUCAAACAAAAAAUCAAAGAUCAGUAACAUCAGAAGAGACGAUUGAUCCAUGAGACGUCUGCAGCUCUGACGUUCAGUGUGUCCUGAAAAUUAAUAUGAAAAAUAAAGUUUAUAGUGUCGUGAGAGAAAAUCAGAAAUCAUUUCCUCUGUAGUGACGAGCCAACGGACAUCAUAGUGAAUGUAAACACACCUGUGUGUGUGCGUGUGUGUGCGUGUGCGUGUGUGUUGAAAACAGUGUUAAAUGUGACUGUAUGAACCUAGUGUGAACCAGUAAGACCAGUAAGAGACACCUCAAACACUGAUCGGCGGCACAGUUCCUCUGAAUGUUCUCAGUAAACAGGAAGUGGUUCGACCACCACCCGUGACAGUGACGGCGUAGCUCUCACCUGCGAGCGCACCUUCUGCCUGUUUACAUUGAAAACCGUGGCGUGUGCACGGGCCUCGCAGUGACCUCAUCAUAUGUCACAGAUAUCAAAGUUAGUGUCAUGUCAGACCACAGAGAGCAGCUGAACCUGGAAAUAUCACAUGAUCAUUAAAGUAGUUACUGAUUAUUUUUCUGUUCUGAUUAAUUGUCUGAUCGUCGCAGCUUCAGUCUGUCGUUCAGCUGAAUUUAAACCUGCAGCAGGUCGUUUAAAUUUAAACACGGACAUGAAUCAGACAGAUGGAGCUAAGUUUCCACCUGCUCCCAGUGUUUGUGCUAUGCUAAGCUAAAAGUUUACAACUACCUAGUGUCUGUGCUAAGCUAAGCUAACAGUUUACAACUACCUAGUGUUUGUGCUAAGAUAAACUAACAGUUUCCACCUGCUCCCAAUGUUUGUGCUAUGCUAAGCUAAGCUAACAGUUUCCCCCUUCUCCCAGUGUUUGUGCUAUGCUAAGCUAACAGUUUCCUCCUGCUCCCAGUGUUUGUGCUAUGCUAAGCUAACAAUUUUUACCAGCUUUCAGUGUUUGUGCUAUGCUAAGCUAACAGUUUCCACCAGCUUUCAGUGUUUGUGCUAAGCUAAGCUAAGCUAAGCUAACCAGACGUAUCUCUGAAACAGAUCCAACAGUUUCAGUAAAAUGUCCGACUGUUCCUUUAAAUGUCUCGCAAUGACGUCACUGGUGUGAAGGUUGUUCAGGUGUGUUUUGGGGGUGUUCUUCUUCCUGUGUGUGUGUGUGUGUGUGUGUGUGUGUGUUAGACCGACAGCGCUGGGUGUGUUUGAAUCUGAGCCUCAGUGUCUUCAACGUUCGCCUCAUUCAUUCAUUCAUCUUCCCCUCUUUGUCUUUAAACAUUUGCUCCUCCUCCUCCCAUGUCCGUCACCUCUGAUCAGAUUCUUUUGGGAAGUUAUUGACGGUGUUUUUUCUCAGGAGUAUUUCUUAUAUUUAUUUUCCAUCAGUCCAAACACACAUUCCUUCAGAAUGUUUCACAUGUUGUUUCUGUGAUGAACAUUUCCUCUGUUUGCUGCGUCCUUCAGGUGACUCUCACCUGUUUGAAUAUGUUUCUACGGAAGCCCAUUUCUGCCAAAUAAGUUUAGAAUAAUCACGGCACGUCAAGAUGAUCAGAUACUGAAUCAAGAUUAUGACUCGUUAUGAAAAGUCAUCACCAUGACACACUGUAAAUGAUCUGCGUUUGGUUUCUAUUAAUUUGACUUUAUGUCUCAUUAUCUGGAUUUUUCUAACUCAUAAUUCUUUUUGAUAAUUUAAUAAUCAUUUUGACUCAUCUUCAUUCGCUGUCUCACAAUCUUGAUUCUGUUUUAUGAUCUAAUGAUUCAGAAAGUUGUGAACUUGAUCCUGACGAGUUAAACUUUACUUGAGUGUUUUCGUAUUUAUUCCAAACUUUACAUCAGUUUUUUGGCUAAAAUGGGCUCCUGUAGUUUCCUCAGGGGCCUCACUUAUGAAAAAAACUACAAAGUCAAUUUCACGCCAGGAUCGUUGUUUGAUGCGUCUCAUAAAAAGUGCAAAGACAGAAGUUUUUCUUAAGUGAUGCUCGGAGAUGAAUCACGUGUCGACUGUGGCUGUUUACUAUCCGUGUGUCCUGGCUGUCUAUUCGUCAGGCAGCGGCACUGAGCGCUUCUUUACUUCAUGUUCAUGUUCAAAUCAAACAGCAGCCAAACUCUUUGUGGACGACACUGACUAGAAUCAAAGUUCAGUAGAGUUCAGGCCGCUUUAUACUGGCUAGCAUGUUGGUUAGCUUGUUAGCUUCACAGUCUCAUGUUAGCUUCAUAUGAUGUAGCUCAUUGGCUUCAAGCGUUCUGUCACAGGUGUGUUUGCGUUACCUCUGCUGCACUGUUCUCCAAGAAAAACUGAAUCCACGAUUCAAAUUAGGUCGAGAAAAGGAGCAGGAAACAGUCACUGGCUAGCUAACGUUAGCUGCUAAUUAGUGGUUUAGUUCAAGUGGUUCAGGUUAAUCUGAUCUUGUUAAUGAGCUGUGUCGUCAGACUUUAGAGAAAGAUCUGUCUCUGUAUUAUAUAGUGUGAACAGAUCGACAAUCUGUGUCUUCAUGUGUAAUCUGUAAAUAUAAAACACCUUCCUUAAAUACAGAAAAGAUUUUUAAAUUCACAAAAAUAUUUUGCAAAUAUAAUACAGAUCAACAAAUACACAAAUCCCAACAAAAAGAACUGCACAAAAUGUAAAUCUGCAGCCUUGAACUGAGAUCCACAGAUAUCUGUUUGAAAGUUGUAAAUGUCAGGAAAUGUUUUUUUUUUAUUUAUUUGUAGAUUAAUUACAUUUAUUCAGAUAAUUUUUAUUAUGUGUGACAUUUGUGUAUUUGCAGCUGCAUUUUUAUUUGCAAAAUAGUUUCUGAUUCAUGGGAGGUGUUGAUCUGUUCAUACAAAUAAUACUUGGACAAAUCUAUCUCCAUAUUAGCCCGUUAGCAAACUGGGCUAACAGGCUAACACUAGCUAUCUAAUUAGUGUUAGCCUGUUACAAAGGCAGUGGUGGUUGGGGAAUGUUAGCUAUAGUGCAAAGUCAGAGAAAUUAAAACUAAAAAACAUUUAUAUUUCACCGCGGAACACAGCUUUUGUAAAGCUAUGGGGACAAGUUAUGCUAACGGUAGCUUGUAAGAAAACUAAUAUGUAGCUAACAAAUAAAUUGUAUUCUAGUGUUUACAAAUAUGCUGAUUAAUUUCCCGAACUUUAGCCCAUUUCUGUAAAUUAGCUAACUAAUUGGCCCAUGAGCAUGCUGAGGAAACAAGCUAACACUGGCUAGCUAACCAACAUUAGCUUUAUGGAGAAUGAAGGUUAUGCUAGCAUUAGCCUGUGAGUCUGCUAAUAUGUAGCCAACUCCUCAUAGAAGAAGUGUUGCAGUGGUUAAAAGCUGAUGAAUCUGCUUCAUCUGCAUUGUAAAUGAGCUCACUUAUUAGCUCAUUAGUAAGGUAACAGGCUAACAGUAGCUUGCUAAUUAGUGUUAGCUUGCUACAAAGGCAGCGGAGGUUGGGGAAUGUUAAUGACAAGUCAGAAAAAUUUAAACUGAAAAACAAAUAGGAACAUUUAAAUGACACUGUGGAACAGAGCUGUUAGCAAGCUACAAGGACAAGUAAUGCUAACAUUAGCUUGUGAGCAAACUAAUAAAUUGUUUUGCAGCAGUUAAAUGCUAAUUAAUUUGUUACAUUUGCAUAUUGAUGAGCUAACUUAUUCAGUAAGUAAGUAAAAUAAAAUCUACAAAUUAAAUCAUGUCUGAAAAAGAGCGGAAAAUGCGGAAAAACUACCAUGAUUUAACGCUAAUUAUAACGCUAAUUUCCCAAAUCUUCGUGAGCUUGUUUGCUCAUUAGCAUUAAAAGGCAGAUGUAAGCUAGCUGCACCAGUUUGCCCCAGGACAAGCAGAGGAGGUUGUCAGGUGUAAAUAAAGAUUAUUAUUAUUAUUAUUAUUAAUGUUUAAUCGUUUAGUUAAAUCAACAGAUUAAACUUUAAUUUUAACGAUCAAUUGAAUGUUUUAAAGCAUUUAUUAAAUAAAAGACAGAUUCACUGUCUCAGCUGGUUUUCUGUCUAUUACGUCAGUAAGAGUGAAUAUUUGGGGGUUUUGGACUGAUGGUCGGAGUAAACUGUGAAAUCUGAGAAUCUUUUCUCUCUUUGUUUUUUUGAGAGAUUUUUAUUUAAAGUUUCGUGGCAGUGCAGUAGAGGUAAUAAGAUAAUACCGUUAGCUACGUCAGCUAGCAGGUUGGUGUUAGCUGGUCUGCUGUAGUCCAUGAAAUAAAAAGUAUUAAAGAUCAAUUUGAAAAUGCCAUAAACGCCUUGUUGUGCCAUAAACACACCAGAUCAAUGUUUCACUGUGUUUAAAGGUCAGUUUUUAUAUUUUAUUUUUUGUAUUCAGAUGUGAUUUAGUUGUUUUUGUUUUGUUUUUUUUUACUGUAACUGUAAUGUGGGGAUCAAUGAUGCAUAUCACAGCUUCAAACUUAACCUAGCAACAAGUGAGGAGAUCAUAUCUGAUUGGACGAAAAAGCCUUGACUCCUGAGAGCUCUCAUCCAAUCAGACGCUCAGACAUAUCUCACCUUUUCUCUGUUGUCUUAGUAAAAAACAAACAAACAAACAAAAAAAAGUCCGAAUCUCUUCAUCCAUGGUUUAAGAUGCACUGGACCAUCAUCAUCAUCAUCAUCAUCAUCAUCGCCUUCAUCCUCACCUUUUGCCAAAUGUAGUUUUUGUUGUGAAAAGGGGCAUUUAUCUUGUUUUUGUUCUUUUUGAUACUUUGUCCAUGACUCUUCCGUUGUGUUGAUGAAAAAAAUGAGGAAGAAGUUGGAACAAAAAGUAAAAAGACACAAAAAGACCAACUCAAGGCAGCUACGUAUGAGUGACUACUGUAAAAUGACUAACUAAUAAAGAAGCAAUGGGUUCGUUUUUA